AUGGAGGUUUCGGAGUUGGGUCCCGGGCUGGUGGAGCGUCUAGAGCAGCUGUCCACUUGCCCGCUGUGCGGGGGCCCCUUCCAGGACCCCGUGCUUCUAGCCUGCGAGCACAGUUUCUGUCGCGCGUGCCUGGCCAGUCGCUGGGGCGCCCCUCCAGGGCCCGGCGACUCUGACACCGCGCCUCCCACGGUUUGCCCCUGCUGCGGUAUCCCGUGCCCUCGCCGCAGCCUGCGGUCGAACGUGCGCCUGGCUGUGGAGGUGCGGAUCAGUCGCGGGCUGCGAGAGAAGUUGGCAGAGCCCGGGGCUCGGACCGGGAGGCGCCGUGGGGGACGCAUUCCCACCAUGGGCUGUCAGGAUCCGCACGGAGAGGAUGUGAGGAAGACAUGGAGAAGACUUGAUACCACAAAACCCAGACCAGAGGAAUCAGAUGAGGACAUUCCAGAGGAUUAUCCUGUGGUCAAAAACAUGCUCCACAGACUCACAGCUGACUUGACUCUCGACCCUAGCACUGCACACCGUCGCCUCCUUGUGUCACCCGAUGGUCGAAGUGUCUGUCUGGCCCCACCAGGGACGCCUGUGCCACCGGACGGCCCAGCCCGCUUUGACCAGCUCCCUGCUGUGCUGGGUGCACAAGGUUUCAGAGCUGGACGGCAUUGCUGGGAGGUGGAGACAGCCAAUGGAACCUCUUCUGGAGAGUCCUCUGGUGAAGACGAUGAUGGGGAGAGCCGCUAUGCUGUGGGUGCUGCUGGAGAAUCCGUGCGCCGCAAGGGUCGGGUGGGACUAUGCCCAGCCGGCGCAGUGUGGGCUGUGGAAGGCCGUGGGGGCAGGUUGUGGGCAUUGACAGCCCCCGAGCCUACACCACUGGGGGGCGGAAGACCCCCGCCACGGAGAAUUCGAGUGGACUUGGACUGGGAACGGGGCCGAGUGGCUUUUUAUGAUGGCCGUUCUCUUGACCUGCUUUUCGCCUUUCAGACAUCAGGGUCUCUAGGGGAGCGUGUCUUUCCAUUGCUCUGCACCUGCGAUCCCCGGACCCCACUCCGCAUUGUACCAGCUGAUGGCUGAGCCCUCCACCCUGCACUUUUUAAAACUAAGGGAUUCCAUGCUCCUGAAUAAAUUUCUCAGGAGACAAGCUCGCCUAGUUUCAGGUCGCCUCCUCUAAGAAAUUCCCACCUCCCUCCUGCCCAAUUUCAGAUCCAAUCUGUACCCGAGGAUGGGGCACCCCGAGACCCAUUUCCUCCUAAAUCUUAAUGCUUCCCGUCCUAGAACUCAUACUAUGCUAUAUUACUCAAAGAAAAAGUAUUUUAUAAAUAAACCUACAAACCCUCUAUCUUCUAGAGCCCCUAGCCCACUCUUCCACCUGCACCUUCCACAAUCUAGUGUUUUACUUAAUUACUUUUUGCCUUCCACUAAGCCCUACCCAGCUGGAGAAACUGCCUUUUCAGCAGUCCCCAGGAGCUUUCCGGGUGCUCUUUCAUUCUCUUUUCUAGAAAAGAAGUAUAGAGGUACCGUUCCUCAUGGUUUUCAGAACCAGUCUUAUUCACCUGAUUUUCCUGAUGCAAAAAUUUUACCCAUAAGAUUUCUCUUGACCAAGGAGGUUAAAGCCCUUUUACCCAGAGCCACCCUUUUCUCCCAGGUCUGGCUUGCUGCUGUACAAAUCCCCUCCUACAGUUUUCCCACCUCCCAUUUAGAAUGGGGUACAUGGUACUACCUCUCC